UAUAAGUCUGCUGCAGCUCGUUUUCAUGAAUCGACACUCUGACAGCUCAAAAAGCCUUGUUCGGUUUCUUGUAUUAAAUAAUUUAGGUAAAAACAUGUCCGGCACAGGAUUUUUAGUAUAUGCCUGUUUGUUUUUUGCUGGCUGCUUCUGUUGCAGCAAUGCUAUGCCAACUAAACUCAACCAGGACGCUGUGAACAACAGACCUGUGAUCGGUGUUUUGACUCAGAUAGUUGUAGACGAUGUUAUGAAACCAUUUGGGAGGACCUACAUACCAGCCUCCUAUGUGAAAUACAUCGAGUCUGGGGGCAGCAGAGUGAUGCCUAUCAGACUGACUCUAACUACAUCUGAAUAUGAAAACAUCUUCAGGCAGAUAAAUGGACUGCUUUUAAUCGGGGGAGCUGUAGAUUUGGAGGCAUCAGACUUUGCCAGGGUGGCGAAGAUAUUUUAUACACUUGCUCGGACGGCUAACGAUGCCGGGGACCACUUCCCCAUUUGGGGUACAUGCAUGGGCAUGCAGUUACUGACUGUACUGGUGGCCGGAGAAAAUCUGCUGACAAACACCACAGCUGAGAACAUAGCCUUGCCCCUCAACCUGACCCCAGAGGCUGCCACCAGUAAGAUGUUUAAAAGUUUUCCCAAUGACCUUAUGAAGGCUUUGACCCAAGAACCUCUGACUGGCAACUUUCACCACUAUGGACUUACAGUAAAGACCUUCCAGGAAAAUCAGAAUCUGCAGAGUUUCUUCUCCGCCCUGUCGACAAACAUCGCUGAGAACAGAGUCCACUUUGUCUCAACCAUAGAAGGUAGGAGAUAUCCCUUUUAUGGAACACAGUGGCACCCAGAGGUGAAUCGUUUUCAGUGGGACAGGAAGCUGAACUUUCCUCACUCCCCUCAUGCUGUUCAGUUAUCUUCUCUGCUGGCCGAGUUUUUUUCCAAUGAAGGAAGGAAAAGUUUACAUCAGUUUGACAGUCCUGAGGAAGAGGACUCAUCACUGAUUUAUAACUACACGCCUGUCUAUGCUGCAAACUUCACAGGAUAUGAACAGAUCUACUUUUUCUGAGUGUCUCACAGCUAUGCUGUUCAACUAAAAGUUUGAUUACAGCCACUUGAUAAUUUUUUUAUCACACUGAGGAGACGUUUGCACCAGUGCACCAGUUGCUUAAUCAAGUCUUGUAUAUGCUUUUUUUUUUUUUUUGCUAUUAAAGUGCUCGUAUGUAUAAACAAA